AUUUUGGGGACUGUGUCAGUUUGCACUGAACCAUCAGACACUGUGUUAUUCAAAUCACUGUGCUGAAAAACUACGCCUCUGGAAUUUACCAUCUACAGCUGAAAUCUGUGGACUAAUCUGUGAACCAAAUCGGAAAGUGUCUGCAAAGAGUGAGCUACCGUAACCUAUGUGCAAUUGCUCAAGAAGGCCACAAUGAGCACGGCGGUUGUACGUUAGAGCCAUUGACAGCGUUUGCAGCUCAUUCCAAGAUGGCCGCAACGGUUGAAUUCAUUUUUUGCUGAUUGACUCUCAAGUUUCAUUGUCUUCUAUAACAAAGCUAAGAAGCCAUCGGCAAAUAUACUGGGACCUCUAACUCACAUGGCAAUGCACCGAACAACAAGAAUCAAGAUAUCGGAGCUAAAUCCUCAUUUGAUGUGCGUUUUAUGUGGAGGAUACUUCAUUGACGCGACCACCAUUGUUGAAUGUUUGCAUUCAUUCUGCAAAAUGUGCAUUGUGAGGUAUCUGGAAACCAGCAAAUAUUGCCCUAUUUGUGAUGUCCAAGUCCAUAAAACAAAACCUCUCCUGAAUAUCAGGUCAGAUAAGACCCUUCAGGAUAUUGUAUACAAGUUGGUGCCUGGUCUGUUCAAAAAUGAAAUGAAACGAAGGCGGGAUUUUUAUGCAGAUCAUCCUUCAGUUGAUGCUACUAAUGGUUCUAAUGAGGACCGAGGAGAAGUGGCUGAUGAAGACAAGAGAAUCAUAGCAGAUGAUGAGAUCAUCAGCUUGUCCAUUGAGUUUUUUGAUCAGAACAAGCGUGAUGGUAAAGAUGGGGAAGAAAAAGAAACUACAAAAGAGGCUAACGUUAAACGGUACUUACAAUGCCCAGCUGCUAUGACUGUGAUGCAUCUCAGAAAAUUUCUCAGAAGUAAAAUGGAUAUACCAUGCACCUUUCAGAUUGAGGUUAUGUAUGAAGAUGAACCUUUGAAAGAUUACUAUACUCUUAUGGAUAUUGCUUAUAUCUACACAUGGAGAAGGAAUGGGCCCUUGCCAUUGAAGUAUAGAGUUCGGCCUGGCUGCAAAAAGAUGAAGUUAAGAAACCCAAGGGAUGAUAUUACUGGUGGCAGAAGGCCUGAUAUUGAAAGUGACUCCAGCAGUGACAAACCAAACAGCCCAGCUGCUGCCGCACCCUCCACAUCCUCUCUCCCCAGCCCAAGCACUCCUAUCCAGUCUCCACAUCCCAACUUCCCACAUAUCUCCACAGUUAAUGGAGUCUCUGCCAAAGUUGGCCCAAACGGCCAAGCUCAUUUCAGCAGCAAAGUCUGCAAAGCUUCUCUUAAUGGCUCCAACUCACUUGGGUGAAUUGCUAUAGAUGCCAAAGCCAUCAACCCCAUGCAAACAGAGCUGUGAUGUAGAUGCUUUCUUUAUAAACCACCUCUCAAUUUUUUAUAUCAUUUUUAAAUGGCUAUAUUUGUUUUGUGCGCGCGUGUGUGUGCGUGCUUGCGUGUGUGUGCGUGCGUGCGUGUGUGUGUUUGUUUUGUAACAUCAUUGAUUGUGUUAUAUUUUGUACUGGCUUAACUACUAUUGUGAAGAGUAGCCUACUUGAGGGAAACUCAACAAGGUGAAUGUAUCUAGGUAUUUUUUUUAUAAACUCUUGUCUUAUUUUAAUUUUUUAUUGUUAUUUUAGAUUAGAACAACAAUGUAUGAAAAUUAUUUGCUUGUCCAUGAAGUCAACAAUAAAACUUAAGGCAGCAUGCACAAUGUUUUGAUCAUCCCGGAAUUGCUCAUCUUAAGGGUAUGGAUUUUAUUCAGUUGAUGUGUCUAAACCCAAACUAAUUUUGUAUAACUGAAGUACAUGUAUACCUGAUUAUCAAAUGUGAAAGAUUGCAUUCUUGUAAUAUUAGGAAUGUUGUAUUUUAAGGGCAAAAUGCGGCGACAGUAGGCCUAUUGUUCGGAUAAACCUAUGAUUUCUUUAUUUACCACGUGCUCGUCAAACAAUUCAGUAUUUGUUUCUCAAUAUUUCCCCCCUAAAUAUUUAUCUUAUCACGCGAGGAUAUAGGUUGUUGCCAGAAUAUUUCGUACUCUUAUAGCCUUAAGUUGAUGUUCUUUCUGUUUUCAAGCGGUUAUUUGUUAAUGUCAAUAUAUAUUUUACCGUUGUACAUUAUGAAAUCCUUGU